ACCGGCAAUAUACGCGCUCUCCGCGGAAUCCGUGCUGUUGUGGAAUCCCGGCUUUGCACGUGCUACAUCUAGUGAAAUGUGAUUGCUGGUCAUUACUGUAUUGGAGUUUAACAAGACAACAAGGCGGUCAAUAGCAGAAGACAGCAACACGACAUAUCCGGUGGAUCAGCCACCUUACGGCCUCAAGAUGGUCUAUAUCUGCUAUGAUAUACAACCCUAAAAGAACUUCUGUGACUCUAGAGGAAAAAAAAAACUCUACAGCGUGUGUGGCGAUUUUAAUGCGUCAAAAUUAUGACUAUAUUCUUACAUUAUGAAAACUUUCUCAUGACAGUGUUUAGUAUGUGAGCAAAAAGAACAGGAAGAAGAAAACAAUACUUAUUUAGUGUUGUAACAAUGGAGUUCUCUAUAAUACUGAGAUUGACUGCACUGAAUGCCUUAUGUUUCCUAGGAAUACUUAGCAAAGAUAUCAUGGCGCUGGAGCCCAGCUUUGAUGUCCCGAUCGUCAACAUCACUGUAGUGGCCGGAAAGACGGCUGUCCUCCCGUGUUCCAUCGACUCCCUGGGGGACUUUAAGGUAGUAUGGACCGAUCGCUGGUCCACUUUGCUGACUUAUGGGGACCGUCGAAUCAUCAACGAUGAACGAAUAUCUGUAGAAAGGCCCCGUUUGAGGGACUGGAAUUUACUUAUUCGUGAUGUACAAUAUAGUGACCAGGGCAAUUUUGUAUGUCAGAUCAACACACUACCCAUAAAAACAAAUUCAGUCCUCCUCAACGUGUUGGUUCCACCCACAAUAUUGGACACCUCUAGCAAUGACCUAACAGCCAAAGAAGGUGACACCGUAACCUUGACCUGCAACGUCAGUGGUGUACCAAAGCCAACGGUCCAGUGGUUCAGGAAACCACACGCCGACAGUAGGGACCAGCAUAAAGAAAGAGUGAAGACGAGUGAAGGUCACUAUGGUAACCGGCUGUCAGAUGACCACUGCUUAUACACAGUCAGUCAUCGAGUGUAUGACGUAGAAUUGACUUCCGUCCCGAUAGCCACUGUUAUCGGGCAUGAUCCGGUGGUAAAUAAUGGGGUGGGCAUUAACGGCGAAACCCUUAUUAUUCACAACAUCACGCGAUACUGUGACGGGAUUUACGAGUGUGUGGCGUUCAACGAUGUUCCUCCCGCCGUCAACCGGGUCAUCAGUGUGAUGGUGGAAUUUCCGCCAGAGGUGUGGCUCGUCAACCAGAAACUGGGACAGUAUGUGGGUAAAGAAACAAUUCUGGAGUGUAAGGUCACAGCCUUCCCUCAGGCUGUGUCUAUCUGGAAAUUCCAGAAUCAAGAUCUUUUCAAUUCGUUCAAACAUCGCAUCGAUGUGUACCAGGACAGGGGGCACAUGCUAACUCUCAGUCUGCGACUCCCGAACGUGACACGAGAGGACUUUGGACAGUACUCCUGUUACGCUAGCAACAGCUUUGGUAUGGACGAGGAAACGAUGAUCUUAUAUGAGUAUUUCCCACCUACAACCCUCACACCGGCUGUCACUGCAACGGCAAUUCCAAGACACACAACCACAAUAAACAAGAGGAACAGACUCUUCAAAUCGACCAUAUAUAACGAGAAUGAGCUGAUUCCUUACAACCGAACCCUGAACGGCCAUAAUCCCGGUAAUGACUCAUAUAGCGACGGACAACAGUUGGAAAUUAGGUGUAGCGGCGCAAUUGUUAGAAUUUGUGCCCCUUACUCCGGGAGGCAAGGAUACAAUACUGGUCAGACAAAAAGUUAUCACGUGGGACUUCUGAUAUUUUCCUCGAUCCUUUCCUCCAUCUAUUUGUUUGAUAUUUCUUGUUUUAUGAUGUUAUGAAAGAGUGCCGUUCGUAUUAGAGCCUAGCAGUAUUAUUUUUAUCAAUUGUUUCUGUAGAUUGUAUGAUUUUUUUAUGUUUGACAGUUAUACGUUGAUACUGUAUUUAAAACCAUUUUUGAAAUAAUGAUAGCUUUAAGAAUGCAUGUCAUCUUGCGAAAUGCAAUCGAUUAUUUAAUGGUAUUUGUCAUAAUGUUUGAAUUUUUGUUUACUUAAUUCCUUUUGAUGUCAUUUACAUCAAAUCAAACAAUAAAAUUCCGAAUACUGUUUAGCAAAUCGAUUCAAUGGUGCAACAUUGUUACGGAAAGACAAUUUGCAAAAGUUACCUGUUUUGAUUCAGACAAUCGCAUCUUCUUGGGUCUUCCAAGCAAAUACAGCACCAUAUCCAAACAUUGGAAAUAUUCGAGAAGUUGCAAAUAAGACUAGCGCGCUUUGUAUUUAUUGAGUGUACAUUUGCCCCUGAAAGAAUUUCUAAUUGAAUAGCUAAAUAGUCAAACGAUAAUGUUUUGUGUGCAUCAUUAAUCUAGUUAGACGUCAUUAAAUUUGAAUCCACCUCCUCCAAGAUAUAUUCGACAGUUCGAAUUCGACAGUUUGAAACUGGUAUGCGGUUUCAGUUCUGAUAUUGCAUAUUGACUUGUAAAGUUAUCUAUUUGAAGACUAUCUGCCUUAAUAUUUCAAAAAUAUAGUUAUGGCUGAUUUCAUGAACUUAUGCCGAAUUAGAUAAACAUCAUGUCAUAUUAAUUCUACAUAUAACAGCACGUAAGGUACAUCACAUCCUUUUCAGCCAUUCGCUAAUUGUCUACAAAUAUCAUAGUACCUCUGGUUAUAAUUUGAUUUUUCCCAAGAGAAGUUGGUUUCCCAAGAUCUUAACAAAUAGGCUAGGAAAUCGGUUUGGGAGCAAAAUUUAGUAAAUUUAUAAAAGUUUGAUGGGAAGGAAGUUGUAAUUGUUACCGGAACAUUUUUUCCAUAAGAGGAUCAAAAGUUGAAAUAAGAGUUUGAGCUUUGAGAAAUUUACAUACAAUUUAAUCAUCAGUUGUCGCUUGAACGAUCUUUUGUGUGUGGAUACUUUCAUUUUACUCAUUAAAGAAUGAGUUAGGAUAUGGAAAAAAAAACAGCACUUGAUUUUAAUUAUAUGAUGUGAAGGCAUGAAAAAUUGUUCAUUCGUCAUCAGACUUUGUAAAUACUUAUAAUUUUUUUAAGAAAACGGGGAGAAAAAUUUUAAUAUGAAAUAUAUUUCACAUUCAGACCAUGCCAAAAUUCCCUACACAUGCAUUAUCACCAGGUUGUGGUUGCCCUGCAGUAGAUAGUUGGACAUUUGACACAUCACUCUGACUUUUUAUUGUGCUACUGUUUUUUUAAUCAUACAUGUAUAUGUUUGUAGUUGUUUUAUAUACUAUGUCUUGCUAUUGACCGAGGCUAUACUUACAAAAAGUAGAAAUCAGCAGUAAAGUGUGGAAAAAAUCAUUCAUUUCGGUUUCUUAUGCCAAUAAACUUAUUUUUAUAAAG